AUGUUAAUACCGUCUAAUCACAAUGUCCUCAAAUGUGGUAUCAUGCCCCUGCUGUUUGAAUAGAAAGCAUUUAAUACUCGUGUGUGAAACCUUUUAAUUUAUUUGGAGGAAAUUUUUAAUAUUUGAAUGCUCAAAAGUGAGCUAUGCAGAGUAAACCUUCGAAUUGUACGUGGAGAAGUAGGGGGAUCAUUCAAGGCCGCAGGAAAUUUUACAGCAAUUUUUUGGUUGUGCAGUGUCUUGUUCGACGGAUUCCUUUGGUGUAUUAAUCUGGAGAGAGCAGCCUUGACACUAUGUACGGAGGUGAUGAAGUCUCAGCUAUAGUGCUUGACCUAGGAUCUCAUACAUGUAAAGCUGGUUAUGCAGGUGAAGAUGCUCCAAAGGCAGUGUUUCCUUCCGUUGUGGGAUUCGUUGAAGAAGCAGGAAAUAUCGAUGCAGUCAAAGUUGAAGGUGAUAUGGAGGCAGUUUCAGAUAACAAAGCAAUUGUUGCGAUGGAUGCAGAGAGGUCCAAAUCAAAACCGAAAUUCUAUGUUGGUUCCCAAGCUCUUGGGUACCGACGUGAUUAUAUGGAGGUUAUUCCAGCAUUAAAAGAUGGUGUUGUGGCUGACUGGGAUGUCGUGGAUAGUAUAUGGGAUCAUGCUUUUCGGGAACGUUUGCGAAUUGAUCCCAACGAGCAUCCUAUGUUGUUAUCCGAACCAUCAUCCAAUUCACCAAGUCAAAGAGAAAGAACAGCAGAGCUAAUGUUUGAGAAUCACAACGUCCCUGCACUAUUCUUAGCAAAAAACGCAGUCCUAACUUCCUUUGCUUCGGGACGUGCUACUUCUCUAGUUGUUGAUUGCGGUGGUGGUCCAACAACUGUUGCUGCAGUGCAUGAUGGUUAUGUUCUUCAAAAGGCUGUUGUAUCAUCUCCAAUUGGUGGGGAGGUUUUAACUGAGUGCUUGAUGAAGUCACUGGAGAGUAAAGGGAUUACGCUCAGGCCACGGUAUUCAUUCAAGAGGAAAGAGGUUCGACCAGGAGAAUUUCAGAUAAUAGACACCGACUUUCCUGACACUACUGAGAGCUAUAAAAGAUACUCACAGAUGAACAUUUCGAGUGAUAUUAAAGAAGCUGUAUGCCGUGUACCAGACACAACCUUUGAUGAGAAUGGAUAUGCUAACAUUCCAACAACACCAUAUGAGCUUCCUGACGGACAAGUAAUAGAAAUUGGAGCUGACAGAUUCAAGAUCCCUGAUCUUUUGUUCAGUCCAUCUCUAAUUCAGACAAUACCUAAUGUGGAUAAAUUAGAUGCUUCUGGACAUUCACUCCGGGGACUUCCACAGAUGGUUAUCGAAAGUAUAAACAAGUGUGACGUGGAUAUACGCAGGGAACUGUUCAGCAGUAUUCUACUUGCAGGUGGUACAGCAUCAAUGCAACAGAUGAAGGAACGCUUGGAGAAGGACUUGAUGGAGGAAGCACCACAAGCAGCACGUGUCAAGGUACUUGCGAGUGGCAAUACAACUGAACGAAGAUACAGCGUGUGGAUUGGGGGUAGCAUUCUUGCAUCAUUAGGAUCGUUUCAGCAGAUGUGGUUCUCCAAGUCUGAGUACGAGGAACAUGGAGCAUCGUACAUUCAGAGAAAAUGUCCUUAGUUUAAGGAAAAUCAACUAUUGUUUUCUGCCUUGAACUAUUAAUGCUAAUUUGCGAUGGUGUAAUCUAAAUAUUGUUUAAGGUAAAUUAUCAUUUGUUUCACAGAGUUUACAAGAAGAAUUUCAACAUCUUGUUUCUUCUUGGAUGAUGAUGAUGUUACCUCAGUUAUGAAAUCGAGAUUAUUCUAGAGACAUCUUUACAUUGAAAUGAUGAGUUAUACGUGCCAGAUGAGGCUUUUGGAGCUUUCAUUUUACAACACAAUUUUGAAGAAUUUAGGUUCGAUUAGUUCUCGUCAUCAUAAAUGUGUAUGUAUAAGCAUGUCUGCACGUGUGUUUCUAAAUAUCACUAUUAGCUAUUUAUUUUGCA